AAUUAUCAGACUGUGUCAGUAACACUUUCAGUAAAGUUUCAGGAACUUCAUUUAUUAUUAGUGAAGGGCAGACACCAUAUUAACACAAGUAGCGCUCUGAAGCCAGCCUUGUUCCAAACACGCCCACAUACACACUAGAGUACCUUCUCUGUCUACGCCGUGCACAGCCAAUGAGCAGGUGAUUUCCAAUCACGAUUAAACAACCAUCUCGACCAUUGGCUUUAAGAGAGACUCACUAGGCGCCACUCCACCAAAGCGAGAGGGGAUGGUCCCGUUUAGUAGUAACCAAGACACGAGAAGCGCUGAAUAGUACUUUCAACAAUGUGCUUUGUGGCAGCGGGAACUUUUCGUUCUUGACAUUCUGUCAAUUCGUUCACAUCGUAUCGAUUCGUAGUCGUUUAGUGAAAAAGCGUGUGCACGAAGGCGACUGUAAAUGUUUUCAUGUUUUGGUUCCGUAACGUUUUAUAAAAUAUAUACAGUUUCCUCAUGGCGUCUCAACAGCAGUCAAGAAUUCAGACCUACCUGGAGAAAAACAAAAUCGGACCUUUGUUUGAGGAAAUGAUGACCAAGCUGAUAACGGAGACCCCGGACCAGCCCAUCCCUUUCCUAAUCAGCCACCUGCAGAGCAAGCAGGAGAGCCCGGGCAAGCUGCAGAGGGCCCUGUCCGGCUCCGCCGCCCUGUGGGCAGACACCAGCGCAGCGGAAAACAAAGGCAGUCGGCGGGAGUUCAGGAGUUAUGAGAAGCCGUGGCAGAUCCAUCCCAAAAAGCCCAAGAAGUCGAAGAGUGACCUGGCCAUGUCCAACAUCUCCCCUCCCUCGCCAGAAUCAAAGUCACUGCCUCGCUCUAUAGAGCGCCCCUCGUGGGAGUGGAGGUCCAAGCCAGAGAGUCAUGAUUUUGAUGAGCUCAACCACAUCCUACAGGAGAGCAAGAAGCUGGGGAAGGCCCUGGAAAACCUGUCCCGCAGUAUCGCUGAGUCAGAUGAUCAGGACCUGUGCUUGUAUAACUCGUCUGUGCUGAAACCGCGGGUGGUAGGGGAGUGGGUUGGCCGAGAGGAGGACGACUCGGAUCCUCUGGCGGCCGAGAUGCUGCAGCCUCCCGUCCCCAGAGCCAAGACCGAGAGCUGGGGGAGCGAGGAGAACAGCCCUGCAGGGAGCCUGUCCAUGGAGACCAAGAGCAAAGGGCUGAGGCAGCAGCAGCAGCACCAUAAGAAGCUGCUGGCGGCCAUGUUGUCCCAGGACUCCUUCGACUCCAUGCCCAGCUCUGCUCCCUCUGUCACCGAGGAUGAGAUGGAGGAUGAAGACGACGCCAUGGAACUGCUGGAGGACCUGGAUGAUCUGCGUAUGGAGGGGGUCACGGGUCUGGCUCCAUCUGGCAGCAAGUUCAGCCAAGGCCGCAGCUCCUACUGUCCCGAGCCGCAGGCCAAAGUCACCCUCAACAUCUGCUCCAGGUGUGCAAGGCUUCAAGGGGACAGUUUGACCAACUCCGGAGUGGAGGAGGAGCUCAACGCACGCGUCCCGGAGCAAGCCGUGCCCGAGAUUUCCUGUCCACUGCCUGCGGCGGAGCCGGUGACUGGAGGUGAAGUGGAACGCGAGAACCCGUCUCAGGUGACCGGAACGCGCCACCCGGUCUGGGUGUCGGAUGUAAAGGCCAGUCGGGGUGGAAGUCCACUGAGCCAGCGCAGUCUCCAGCUGCACGAGUCCCUCUUCGCCAAGGAGCUGGAGGACAUGGGCAAGCAUCUCGCCGAGGUGGAGAAGGACCUGGCCAAGCUGACCAGCCGGAGCCCCAACAGCCCCCACAGUAGCCUCCUGCUCACCCCUCUCCUCCAUACCCCCCUCCCGCCCAUCGGCCCGGCCUCCAGGCCUCAGUCGCCCAGCAGCCUGGGGGCGGCCAAGACCAGCGCCCUGCCACUGUUCAGCAGCAAGCCCACCUCCCUGUCCAUGGGCCGCACCAACUCCCUGAGCAACCCUGGCAGUCAGACCCACAGCCCCAUCGGGGGGGCGGCGGGAAGGACGACGCCCAGCCGACCCCUGACCCCUAACAGCCUGACGUCGCGCUCCCUCACCCCCGGCAGUCACAGCAGUAGCAGCAAGGAGGGGGUGACGCUGUUCGGGAGCCCCAGGAGCUGCAGGAGCAGGCCGGUGACCCCCACGGGGCAGAUGACGCGGCCGCUGCUCACCCCGCCCGGGCUCAGCACCAUGGACAGCCUGGGGAAGAUCUCGGGCGCGAGGAGCGCGCUGUCGGAGGAUGACUUCUACCAGCAGCUCCAAGCCAUCAGGCAGCCCUGGCAUGUCCCCAGUGACACGGAGAGUGACAUCCUGGAGCCCCCUGAGCAGGACAAGUGUAGCCAGAGUGGUGUGCGGGAUGCCAAUAAAAGAUCCGUCUUUUCAGGUCUGUAGUGGCACAAGACCCUGGAAACCGACGCCCCGAUCUACCCUUAUGCAAGCUAACAGGCAUUUUCAAUAGUGCAUACUGUACUGUAAAGAGAGACACUAUUUUUAUAACUCACAGUUAAAAAAGACUGUACUUUUUUUCACAGAGACUCGAUAUUUCUUAGCACCAUCUCGGUUUCUGUGAUUACUGUUCUGUGUGUGUGGACACAUGAAAAUAAAAUAGAGAAUGUAAAAUGUUAUUUUUAAGGAAUGAAAAACCGUAGCCAUUUAAACAAAAGCUAGAUUUUGAGCAUGUAUGUAUUCAGUUGUGGAAUGAAGGAGUAUUUAGUUGCUGCCACGAGGCCUUGCUGAAGUAGACACAAACACACAUUGCAUUCUCCAUUACUGAACGUCCGUGUCAUCUUCAGAUAGUCUUUUGAUACAGUCGCCAGCUGUAUGGCUUUGGAUGCGAGGGACUGUGGAGAUUCCAUCAGGCAUGCUGUUCUCUUUCUGAUUUUAUUAUAUGUGGAAAAAACUAAUACAUAUUUUUACAAUUUAGAUUUACUGCCUGUGUAUUGGGAAAUUGUUGGACUGUUUACUUUGGAUCAUGAUUUGUAAUCUGUCUCUCACCUGUUUCUGUGAACUUAAAUCUAUAACAAGAUAAAGUAGUUUUUAAAAUAAAACAAAUAUGUUUCCUAUGAUA